AUGGCCUUCUCCCUUCCAUCAUGGGAUCAAGUCCAGAUGCGUGGCCGCCAUAUCAUCGAGGCCAUCGACGAGAAUCCACCGCCGGUGCGAAUGUCGUGGUACUUGGGGCCUGCAGGAAUGUUGAUGCUUCUCGUUGCAACAAUGGUAGCAUCAUCCAGUGCAGUGUGUAUUCAACAAUGCAUCCGGGUUGGUGACGAGCUCGAAGACAGGCUUCUCCAGUGCAUGGACAGAUGCGAGGUGAGCUCUUUCAGUGCUUCCGGCAAGGAGUGCGAAGAGAGCUGUCACAAGAAGGUGCACUACACCCGACGCCAGGUACAGCGUGAGAUGGAAAACUGUCAGAAAGAGUGUGACCACAUGCCGUUCACACUGCGCGUUUUGGCGUUCCUGGGAGUGCUCGCGGUGCUUCCGGUGGUGCCACUCCUAGGCUCAUACAGGGAUGCUUGCAGCUGUGAGUGCUGCAAAGGACAAGGUUGUUCUCCAAAGCUUGCACUUUUCAACGUGGCUUGGACAGCCUACGGCUUCAGCACAUUGUGGGUUGCUCCUUCUGUGGCAGAGGACGUUGGAGACGUGGGUGGGAAGGUCCUCUUCGUCAUCACACAGGGGAUAGCCAUCGCGUCCAUGUCAAGCUCGCGCCGAUUUGCAGAGCUUGCAGAGGCCAAGGCCGUCGAGAACAGCUACCGCAUGGCAGAGUUCGGCUGCACAGGUGCUGAGGUAGUGGGUGCAUCCGUUGGUGCGGUGGGCACGCCAGUGUCCGUCAAUGCCUUUCAAGACCUGCAGUCGCAAGUGGAACACCUGCAGCGUCAGGUUCUGGAGCUGAGCAGACGGCAAGAUCUCAUGCAGGAGGUCUCCACCAAGGCUGCACCAGAAGCAGUAGUUCCAGAUGUGCAGCAUUCGGGCAGCACUGGGCCGAUACCAGAGCUGAUAUGA